AUGGGGUGUCCUUCCAAGUUCUCGAAGCUCGGGAACGAGUUGGCGGACGAGGUCGUCGGCCAAACUCCGGAUGACGUGGUGGAAAUGGGGGGCGAGUGGCUGGCCACAGGUCAUCAUGAAGCCUUGCGGCUCUUCAAGGAGUUGGGCUUCGAGUUCUUCCAUCGACCUUUCAAUACACUCAGCGGCGUCAACAAUGCGACAACUCCUCCCUGCCGCGGUGCGUGUUCUGUGCGAGUUCGCUCCGAAGACGGCUGGCACAGCGUCUCAUCGCCUGAUGCGGCGGUGAAGCUUUUCCCACAGGAGGAGCGGCAAGCUUUGCAAAAAGCACAAGAUGAAAUGUCCAAGGAGGUGAAAAACACCCCCUGCCACGCUCCGUUUUCCAAUCCGAACGCCUCGCUUUGGGACUCCCUUUCCUACGAUGCCUUCCUGAAGAUGGCUCUGGGCUUGCAGCAUUAUCCCAUGGCCUACAACACCCUCUAUGACAAAGCCGACGAUGCAGAGGCCUUGAAUCAAAUCUCAGCCCUGUUUGUUUUGUGGCAGCUGAACUGCUCCGGUGGGGUGGAGGGAUCUGGAGAGGAAGACUAUUGGCGGGUCCGGGGGGGCUCCCAAGCCCCGGCGAUACGCAUGGCCGCACAGCUGGGAGGGGAUCUGCAGCUGGGGGCCCAUGUCACCGCCAUACACCGUCGUGCGAAUUCGCUGUACGAAGUUCACAGCUCCAAGGGCGUGGUGGUGGCGAAGCACGUGAUUGUGGCUGGACUUACUCCAAGUCUGAUCUCUGCCAUCGAUUUCCAGCCGCCUUUGGAUGGCGCAAUGGAUCAGCUGUUGGAGCGCAUGCCGGUGGGAACGACUAUGAAAUACUCCAUGGUCUAUGAGAAGCCUUGGUGGCGAGAGCGCGGAUACCUUGGGAAGAUGAUAUUUCUCAACACGUCCGCGCCCAGCAACUAUGUUCACAAUUGCUUCGACAACUCUCCAUAUUCUUGGAGCCGCGGUGUCCUCACUUGCUUCACGGAAGGUGCCCAGAAUCGAGCUUUCCUCCGCCUCACGGAUUCGGAGCAGAAGGCAGUGAUGCAGAACAUCCUGGCAGAAGCACUAGGACCGACCGAGGAGAAAAUGAUUGAGGUGCUGUCGAAGAACUGGGCCGACGAUGAGUAUGCGCGGGGUGGCUACAACAUCUUCUUUCCUCCGGGUGUCCUGUCCAGCUUUUGGCCUGCGGCACAGCGCAUCUACGAGCAGAGGCUCGUGGGAUAG